GACGUGCUGGUAGAAGAGGAAAGGAUGACAGGGGUUUGGUCAUCCAAAUGCUGGAUGAGAAGAUGGAGCCCGCCAUCUGUAAGGGUAUACUGUACGGGUGAGUACGAUGCAGUUCUAAAGAGUGUAGAUAUAGAAGGUUGACCUGCUGAACCAAGAUGAUUGCAACGUUGCUGUCGAGAUCUCCGACUUACACCAGUGCGCUGUUUUAUGUGCUUUCUCCAGUGAUCCGGAUCCACUGAAUUCGAGCUAUCGAAUUUCCUACAAUAUGCUCUUGAAUCUAAUGAGGGUAGAAGAUGUCGAACCCGAAUAUCUAUUGCGCGCAUCUUUCCACCAGUUCCAGCGCGAAAAGGAAGCCCCAGCACUCUUAGCUCAGGCAGACGAUUUCAUGACGCAGGCGGAAAAUGUAGAUCUUGGAUCGGAAGAAGAAUCUGCGUUGGCCAAGGAGUACUACAAGAUGGAUCAACAGCUACUACUGACUAAAAGAAAGGUGGCGAGCAUAGCACAGAAACCGGAAUAUAUUGUCAAAUUUCUCCAGGUGGCAGGAAGAUUCCUUGACGUCAGCAUUGAUGGAGAACAAUAUGGAUGGGGUGUACUGACCUCGUUCAAGAAACGAGGCGGUGGAUCUGCAGGGGAAGCUGGCAAACUCGCAUCCUUGUCCAAUCGGCCAACGUAUACCAUUGAGGUCCUUCUUCGAUGCGUGGAUCGUCAUUUUGAUUCGGUAGAUGAGAAGGCUAUGAAAGAGGAUCGCUCAAAUGCCACAUUGCUGUGGAGAGGCACGUCAAAAAGUUGCCGACCACCAAAGCCCGGAGACGACGAGAAACUCAUUUCUAUGAGAGUUUUCACCAUUGGGUUGGAACAUAUUGACAGAGUUUCCGCGGUUCGAAUAUUUACUCCGACCGCGAUUCAAUCUCCCGAGGCUCGAAAGAAAGUAUCCAUGGCCGUGAAAGAGGUCAAGAAACGUUUUCCCGAUGGCAUCCCAUUGUUGGAUCCUAUCAAAGAUCUGAAGAUAAAAGACUCGAACUUCACAACGCUAAUGGAGCGAGCAGACGCCCUUAGCAAGAGACUCGCAGCGCAUAAAUUGACUACCGAGUUUCCCGAAGAAACUCGAGUCCGUUUGAUAAAGGCGUACGAGGACCGGAUGGAUCUGAAAGAGCGAUCCCGGGUGCUACGACAAGAAGCGAAAAGCUUUCAAACCAUGGCAAUGAAGGAUGACUUGAAAAAGAUGAAACGCGUCCUGAAGAAACUCGGCCACGUGGAUGCCAACGGCGUCAUUCAAACGAAAGGAAGGACGGCUUGUGAAAUCAAUACAGCGGACGAACUAGUCGUGACGGAACUAAUCUUUACUGGAGUUUUCAAAACACUUACGGUCGAGCAAUGCGUUGCACUUCUAUCUGCAAUGACAUUCGGUGAACCUAUGAAAGACGACGAAGCUACACAAGGAAUGAAGAGUUUUUUGCUAAAUCCAUUUUACAAGUUGCAAGAGGUAGCCAAAACCGUGGUACAGAUGCAGAUCUCGUGCAACCUGGAUGUCGACGAGGACGAAUUCUUGAACAAGUUCAACCCUGCGAUGUAAGUUGUUACCGGAAAGAAACGAAUGCACUAUCGCUUGUUUUUCACCAGAAUGCAAUGAUUACAAAAUUUCUUGUUGCGUCGGCGAAUCUUCUUGAGCCGCGUUGCACUGCAACGGAGCUCGUCGUUUUGCGUCACGGGGCAACCUUAAAUACAUUGAAGAAUUUGAAAUGCGACCAUACUCUCUGAGCGCUCUGGUGUUGUACGCAUAUUCUAUGCUUGCAUGUUUUGCUUCCAAUACUCUCGCAAACUCACUAGCCCGUUGUUCUUUCCCAAACGAAUGAUUGCAUAUCUGUAGGAUGGAAGCCGUGUUCCAGUGGUGCAAGGGGGUGAAGUUUUUGGAUGUGCAAAAACUGACGGGUUCGUUCGAAGGGACCACAAUCCGCACACUCCGCCGGUUGGAAGAGCUGGUUCGCCAAAUUUGCACCGCCGCCAAAGCAAUAGGCGACCACGAACUGGAAGCCAAGUUUGAAGAAGGUAGCAAGCUACUGAAACGGGACAUUGUCUUUUGCAGCUCUCUUUAUUUGUAAAGUAAUACAAUGCUACUUAAUAU